CGCCGCCCCCAAUUUCUAGCGCCUCGCUGGUCCCUGCCUCGGAGAGACCUUUUGGGUUUCCGAGGACGGAGCCGGGAGUCCCAGCUCCCUUUGGGGGAUUUGCCUCCGGGGCAUUUCUGGCCCACUGAGCCUGUGAAGACGAACCCUCGAAAGGAUGGGUUGGGGCCUGAGGCGGGCUUUUCUCAGGCAGCGUUUGAGGCAGCCCCAAUGGGGUCCUCUGGGGGCCUUCAGGCCUUUGAACUGCGGUGGCGGGCGGGCUCACUGUGUUCUGUACUCCUCAGAGUAGGGGCCGCCAUCACCAUGGCCACGGCUGCGAGUCGGCCCUGCGCCGGCGGGUCGCGGGACAUCCUUUGGCGCGUUUUGGGCUGGAGGAUAGUUACAAGUAUUGUCUGGUCAGUGCUGCUUCUGCCCAUCUGUACCACAGUAUAUGUACUCGUCAGCAGCAUUGAUUUAUUUCAUCCUAUACAGUGGCUGUCUGAUUCUUUCGAUGGUCUGUAUAGUUCCUAUAUUAUAUUUUACCUUCUGCUGCUAUCAGUGGUAAUAGUAGUAAUAAGUAUUUUCAAUGUGGAGUUCUAUACAGUUGUGCCUUCCAUUCCCUGCUCAAGACUGGCCCUGAUAGGGAAGAUCAUUCAUCCUCAGCAGCUCAUGCACUCAUUUGUUCAUGCUGCGAUGGGAAUGAUGAUGGCUUGGUGUGCUGCGGUGAUAACCAAGGGUCCGUACAGCUUUCUUGUGGUUCCCUGCACUGGUACUGAGAGCUUAGAUGGCCCUGCUGCACAAACCUGUUUAAAUGAAUAUCACCUUUUUUUCCUCCUGGCUGGAGCAUUUAUGGGCUAUAGCUAUAGCCUCCUGUAUUUUAUAAACAACAUGAACUAUCUUCCAUUUCCCAUCAUACAGCAAUACAAAUUCUUGCGCUUCAGGAGGUCUCUCCUCUUGCUAGUUAAGCAUAGUUGUAUGGAAUCAUUGUUCCUGCUUAGAAAUUUCUGCAUUGUGUAUUAUUUUCUUGGCCAUAUUCCCAAAGCUUGGAUUAGCACUGCUAUGGACCUUCAGUUAGAUGAGCAGUUUCAUAGGCCUCUUGACACUGUGAGUGGCCUCUUGAAUCUCUCGUUACUCUAUCAUGUCUGGCUGUGUGGUGUCUUUCUGCUGAUGACUUGGUACAUCUCAUGGAUACUCUUCAAAAUCUAUGCCACAGAGGCCCAUCUGUUUCCUGUUCAGCCACCAUUUUCAGAAGAGUCAGAUGAAUGCCUCCCAAAAGUUUUAAACAGCAGUCCUCCCCUCAUCAUAAAGUAUUUGGCCUUGCAGGACCUGAUGUUGCUUUCUCAAUAUUCUCCUUCACGAAGACAAGAAGUUUUCAGCCUUAGCCAGCCAGGUGGCCAUCCGCACAAUUGGACAGCCAUCUCGAGGGAGUGUUUGAAUCUUUUCAAUGAUAUGACGCAGAAACUUGUACUCUACCAAGAAGCUGCUGCCACGAAUGGGAGAGUGAUGUCUUCAUCCUACACGGGGGAACCGAAGCAAUUGGAUUCUCCAGAAGAAACUACUUUUCAGACCCCCAAACCUAGCCAGGUGCCUCGGCCUUCGGUGCCAUCGUUAAUUAAGACAUCACUGUUUUCCUCAAAAUUAUCUACACCUGAUGUUGCAAGUCCCCUGGCAACCCCGUUCGGCUCUAGUGUAGUGAAUCGGAUGGCUGGAAUUUUUGAUGUAAACACGUGCUAUGGGUCACCUCAAAGUCCUCAGCUUACAAGAAGAGGGCCGAGAUUAUGGACUCCGGCUGCUGAUCAGCAAAUGACUGAAUUUUCUAAUCCUUCUCCAUCUACCUCUGUUAGUGCUGAGGGUAAGACAGUGAGACAGCCCAGUGUGAUUUAUUCAUGGAUUCAGAAUAAACGUGAACAGAUCAAGAAUUUCUUAUCAAAACGGGUGCUGAUCAUGUAUUUUUUCAGUAAGCACCCGGAAGCCUCCAUUCAGGCUGUUUUUUCAGAUGCCCAAAUGCACAUUUGGGCAUUAGAAGGUCUGUCUCACUUAGUAGCAGCGUCAUUUACAGAAGAUAGAUUUGGAGUUGUCCAGACGACACUACCAGCCAUUCUCAAUACUUUGUUGACGCUGCAAGAGGCAGUUGACAAGUACUUCAAGCUUCCUCAUGCUUCCAGUAAACCACCGCGGAUUUCAGGAAGCCUGGUGGACACUUCCUAUAAAACAUUAAGGUUUGCCUUUAGAGCAUCACUGAAAACUGCCAUCUAUCGAAUAACUACGACAUUCGGUGAACAUCUAAAUGCUGUGCAAGCAUCUGCAGAACAUCAGAAAAGACUUCAACAGUUCUUGGAGUUCAAAGAAUAGUUAAGUAAUAUAAACUGUGUUCAUUACACUGCUGAUACAACUACAGAUGGGACAGUAAAUGUUCAGCAUUCUUGGAUCAGAAGAAAAUGGACUAAUUAGAUGCUUCCUUUGUCGUGGUGGUUGCUUUGAAAACUAUACUUUAAUGGGAGAAAUCAUGGAAAUUCUCAGCAGAAUAACCAAAAGCUGCCUUUUCUGUACCGAUUGCUUUUUGUCUGUGUGGUAUAAUAAAAUCUUUAUUCAAUUUUACAGAA